AUGGACUUGAAGAAUACUUCCCCAUUUUUCUUCUUUGCCCUAUUGAUCUCCGUUACCAAAGCCCUUGAUCCUUCUUGUGCCUCCCAAUCUGAUGGCUCCGAUGACCUCUCCAUCAUUCCCACCUACAGCAAAUGCUCUCCCUUCUCCUCACCCAAAACAGACUCUUUGGUCACCAUUGUCCUCAACAUGGCCUCCAAAGAUCCAACUAGGGUUAACUACUUGUCAACCCCAGUGCCCCAAAAGACUACGUCUGCUUCGAUCGCUUCAGGCCAGCAGGUCCUCAACAUUGCUAACUACGUGGUCCAGCUCAAGCUCGGUACCCCGAGUCAACUCAUGAACAUCGUCCUAGACACUAGCAACGACAUUGCUUGGGCCCCAUGUUCCGGCUGCACGGGGUGCUCCUCUACCACCUUUUCACCCAACUCAUCGAGCACAUAUGGGUCACUGGAAUGCUCAGUGUCCGAAUGUGCUCAAGCUCGCGGACUCUCGUGCCCGGCCACUGGGUCUACUGCCACCUUAGUUCAAGAUGUUUUGAGAUUAGGUAAAGAUGUUAUUCCCAAAUACUCUUUUGGUUGCAUCAAUUCCAUCUCGGGUGGGUCCAUCCCUUCUCAAGGGUUAUUAGGCCUGGGUCGCGGAUCCAUGUCAUUACUUUCACAAUCUGGGUCGCUCUACUUUGGUGUGUUUUCGUAUUGUUUACCAAGUUUCAAAUCAUACUACUUUUCAGCACUCAAGCUUGGCCCGCCAGGCCAACCCAAGUUAAUCCGGACCACCCCACUUCUAAGAAACCCACGCCGUCGGUCACUGUACUAUGUCAACCUGACUGGAAUCAGUGUGGGCCGAGUUCUUGUACCAAUUUCCCCAGAGCUUCUAGCAUUCAACCCUAACACCGAGGCGGGAACAAUCAUAAACUUGGGCACAAUCAUAACCCGAUUCGUGCCACCCGUCUACACAGCACUCCGCGACGAAUUUAGAAAACAAGUGAAGGGAACAUUUUCGUCAUUGGGAGCCUUUGACACUUGUUUUUCUGCCACCAAUGAAGUUGUGGCCCCAACCAUUACAUUGCAAUUCACCGGGUUGAAGUUGACACUGUCGUCAGAGAACAGCUUGAUUCACAGCAGCUCAGGCUCACUGGCUUGCUUAGCGAUGACGGUAGCUCCCAAUAAUGUGAACUCGGUGUUGAACGUGAUAGCCAAUUUGCAGCAGCAGAACCUUAGAAUUUUGUUUGACGUUGCCAACUCUGUCGUUGGCAUUGCUCGUGAGAGUUGUAAUUAA